CGAGGUUGAUGUCUUGCUCUUGCAAGGUGUUGUGGAGUAAUUGGAGUCGUUAUCAUGAUUCAAGGUCAUCUGUCCCUCUGACUCGCUCCUUGAUUCGGGGUGGAGGUCAUCCAAACCUCGAGGUCGCCGAAGACCAUGACGAAGUGCAAACAACUUUUUUGACAACCUCUUCUUAUCCCUCGGCCACUCGUUUCCAUCUCAUCGACCUCAAUCCACCUCGUUCUGACGCAUACACAGAACUGUAGAUCAUGCUGUUCCGUCACUCGGCUGUCCUACGUAGGACAAUGGCCACCCGGCCGACCUCAUCGAGGAGGUCCCUCUCAUCGCGACCUCUCCGCCUGGCGAUCAUUGGCGCAGGCCCAUCAGGAUUCUACACCGCAUCCAAGAUCCUCCAGACACUACCCAUCGGCUCGGAACAUGGCGAUCAUGUCGAGGUGCACAUGUAUGACAGGUUACCUACGCCGUACGGCUUGGCGAGAUAUGGCGUCGCUCCGGAUCAUCCCGAGGUCAAGAAUUGCCAGCAUAAGUUCGACGAGCUCGCCACAGACCCCCGAUUUCGGUUCUUCGGCAACGUCUGUAUAGGCUCAUCCACCUCCCCUCUCCCCGGUUCUUCACCAUAUACCUACCCUGACGCUCUUCACGUCCCCCUGAUAUCUCUCUAUCCUUACUAUAACACCCUUCUUUUCUCCUAUGGCUCGUCCCACUCCACACCUCUCCCCAACACACCGGGGUCGAGCGCUUCGCCGGACAGGCUGGAGAACGUCUUCCCCGCUCUGGCGUUUGUGAACUGGUACAACGGUCAUCCUGCUUACACCCACUUGGCUCCGGAUCUGAGCGGGGAAGAGGUGACGAUCGUCGGCCAUGGAAACGUCGCCAUCGACUGCGCUAGGAUCCUCUUGAAACCGCCCUCGGAGUUCGCUUCUACCGACAUGCCCACGCCCAUCAUUGAGCACUUGAAGACUUCGAAAGUCAAGCGGGUCGAGGUCGUGGGGCGGAGAGGACCGGCCCAGGUGGCUUUUACGACCAAGGAGUUUAGGGAGAUGGUCAACCUCGAAGGGAUCCGGUAUGAGCCUGUCAAGGGGGAGAUGUUGGAACAGGCCAAGGGGAUGGUCCAGGGGGAUCGGGCGAGGUCGAGGCUAUUAGAUCUCAUGGCCAAGGGCGGCAAGAAGAGACCGAGUAGUUCUAUAGAGGAUAAGGAGUUCAGUCUCGGGUUCCUCCGAUCCCCUAAAAGCUUCCUCUCCGACCCGACGUCCUCCACACCUAAGCGUAUAUCCUCGAUCCUCUGGGCACAAAACGCUCUUCUCCCACAACCUUCCACACCUCCUUCACCCUCUCCAGGGGCGCCUGUCGACCCGGCGAGCACAUCAGCGGCAUCGCCAUCGUCGGUCUUGGCUCGACCGACGGGAGAAGAGUUCGAACGUCGGACAGGGAUGGUCAUCGAGAGUGUCGGGUAUAGGGGCGAACCGAUAUGGGAUGUAAAAGACGCCGAGGGUGACAUGGGAGGAGCGGGGGUCCCGUUUGAUAGAGCUCGGGCGAGGGUGAUGAACCUCGAAGGCAGGGUGACGGAUGGGAGCGGGGUCAUGAUUCCCGGGAUGUACACGGCCGGAUGGAUCGCAAGCGGUCCCAUAGGUGUCAUCGCGUCAACUAUGCAACGAGCCUAUGCGGUAGCUUCGACCAUCUUGACCGAUCACUACCAGUCUCCGGCGACGUCGGCCAGCUCUUCCUCGUCGAUUUUGAAUUUGACCCCGGAGCUGGGUGCGACCCCGGAUUUCGUAAAGAACUCGACUAAACGGGUGGUCGAGUUGGGAGAUUGGAAGAGGAUCGACGGGGCCGAGGUUGAGAGGGGCCAAAAGGCGGGCGGAGGGAAGCCCAGGGAGAAGUUUGUCUCGAUACGGGAGAUGUUGGGGGUGCUGGAUUGAAUGUACUCAUCAGUUUGGUGUUCGGGGAGGGACAGAUGACCCUGGAAGCUGGUUGGUCUAAUCGAGAUCAUGCGGGUUGUAAGCUGGAGUUGCCCCGACGAAAUAUACGAUCCGCGCUUUCGAUAUUCGGCUUGGAUCAAAAUUAUCACCCUGAAACACGUUGGCAAUUCGCUGUUUUGCGUUUGAAGUUGUCGCGGCGGCAGGCAUUCAAUUGGCGUGACGUCGUUGGAGUCAGGCAAGGUCGUGCGCGG